CAGGAGAGGGGGGCGCCGAGCGGCCGGGCCGGGCGGGCAGGGCCGGGGCUGGGCGGGCAGCGGCAGCCGGGCCGCCUCGCCCCCUGCUCGUUGCCGGCUCUCCGCAGGCUGCCCGAGGAGCCAGGCGCAGUGAAUGGAUGGCCAAAAGCUUUCUUGAGCAUUGAGUCGUUGAAAUGUUUUGCUGCUUGAGAGUCGUGAGAAGGUUAUGUCUGGAGAAGAUAUUGCUACAAUGCAUUAUUCAGUCAAGAACGUUGUCAGGAGCUGAUGCCAUCAAUGCUCUCAGACCUUUCUAUUUUGCUGUGCAUCCAGAUUUCUUUGGCCAGCAUCCCAAAGAAAGGGAAGUAAAUGAAAACUCUCUGAAGAGGUUAAAUGGCUACUUGGAGAAUCUACAGAAACCAGGAUUUCGCUCUUUUAAGCCAACUCAGCUUACUUUUUAUGUAAGAGAAAGAGAACCAAACUCUUCUAAUGUUCAAGAAUCCUUCAGUACUUCAGGGUUUCGAGCUGUCAGUUUUACACUACACACUAGGGAUCUCCUGAGCACAGUAUUAGAUAUUCUCAAUUCCUGCAGUUUAUCUACGGAGCAUAUUCAGAGUUUGAAUGUGAACUCUCAGCCCCACAAGGAAGCAAAAAGCACACAGAACAGACCGAUCAAAUGGGAUAAAACUUACUAUUCAUUUACUGGAUUCAAGGAUCCUGAGGAAGACCUAGAACAAGCCCAAAGAGUGGAAACUACUUUAACAUCCUGGCUAGAUGAUAAUGAAGCAAGUGCAGUUGAAAAGCUAAAGAAGAGUUUGCCACUUAGAAAAGAACUUGAACGUUUAAAAUUUGAACUUUCUUAUCAACUCCAGCUCUCAGAUAUCAGGUGGCAGAGAAGUUGGGGUAUUGCUCAUCGCUGUAGCCAACUGCACAGUCUAGGUCGAUUAGUCCAACAGAGACCUGAAGUAUUAAAGAAUGUUAAAGGGCGCACAGUGGUAUUCACAGACCGUUCAGGUAUGAGUGCGGCAGGCCACAUAAUGCUGGGGACCAUGGAUGUUCACCAUCACUGGACCAAAAUUUUUGAAAGACUGCCAAAUUACUAUAAACUUCAGAAAAGGCUGCUGUUUUUGGAAGAUCGGAUAAGCCAACUUCUGGGAGGCAUACAAGUUAUAUACAUAGAAGAGCUGCAACCCCUGUUGACUCUAGAAGAAUACUACGAGACGCUGGACUCUUUCUAUAAUAAAUUACUUGACAGUAGGUUACGUUUUCAUCCUCACAGUCUGCGAGGCUUGCAAAUGAUUCUAGAAAGUGAUAGAUAUACACCAAGCUUACAUGAAUUUGGACAUUUUACUAUCCCAACAGUCUGUGAUCCAGCAACCCUUCAAUGGUUUAUUGUUGCCAAAGCACAGGAAGCAAGAGAGAACCUGAAAAGAAAGGAAGAGAUGAUGAUUACAGAAAAAGAGCUAAUUGGUACUUCCACUGAAAAAUUUUCUUUGGAUCGGCUGUAUAAGGAACCCAGUGUUUCCAGUGCACAGAUGAUAGAUUGCUGUAAGCGUCUGCUGGAAGAAUCGUUACCGUACCUACAAGGCAUGCACCUUUGCAUUUCACACUUCUACUCUGUACUGCAGGAUGGAGACCUGUGUAUACCUUGGAACUGGAAAAGUUGAGGACAUAUCUGAUAAUCAGAUGAAUUGUUUAUUUUCUGUAAGAGGCUAUAAAUAUGAAUGUUUUUAAGAGUAAAUUAUUUAAAUCUGUAUUUUGAUAUCUGUGCUCAACCCUCAAAUUUUCGUCUAACUGCUGCUCAGAAAGGAUUGGAGUCCUAGACAGUUUGCACAAUGCGCAGUAUUGCAAGUUCUAGGUAAGGCAUCUGUAUGUUCUCUGUACUACUGUAGGAGUCCCAGUGUAUGAAAGCAGUUGUCAAACUGCAUUUUUGUAGUUAACGGUGAAAAGAUAUUAAAUUGCAAGUCUGCAAAAAUGUGCAUGUGUGUUUUUAAUACACACGAAUAUUGCCAGACAGACUUCCUUGAAUACAGAGUACACUACUCAAACCAGACACUACAUAUCACCUUAAUGGAUUUUUUUCAAUGCAGAAAUUGAGUAUAUAAGUUAUUUGGUGGCAAUAUUGGCAUUUCAUAUUGCUACCUCUUAAUGAAUUAAAAAAAAAAAAGUACUUCUACUCUGCAGAAGAAAGCAGUACGUUAACUUGGUCUCUGUAGUACAGUUUCAUAUGCUGGUCCAAUAUUGUUGCCUUAGAAUUUCAAAAUACACCAGUUGUACUGUCUGCGCUUACUGUAGAGGAGAUGUCAUUCUAUUUUUGUUUUCCUGUAUUUGUGAAGCAAAUACAAUUCAAAUUUUGUGAAGACUUAUCUUUCUGUACACUACUAACAGAUUGCAAAUCCCAUUCAUGGCACUUACUGCCUGAGUAGUUUAAUGUGACAUCUAAGGAAAGGAAGCAUUGAUUUGAGUGGGAUUGUCUGCAAGUGUAAGUACUUCUCAGUGAGAGCAAGGAGCUUGCAGUAAGGCUCUGUAGAGCAAAUGUGUGUCUUUACUGGUACUUUAUUGCUUAAACAAAAUGAAAGUGUGUGAAUUUGUCGACACUUUUUUAUUGUAAUACAUGCCAAGAUGUAUUUUGUAUCUGGGUUGCUACUUUGCAAAAUAUCCUUUGAGGAGAAUCCAACAGCUUAAUGUUUAUGGACUUCACCUAUAACAACUGGCAAAAAAAAAAAAAAGGAUUUGUCUGAUGUUUACCUGCCUUAUAUUUACAUCUGUAUUGAGGAAGGAAAUUAUUGGGGUUCUCCAGUUUUUCAGCUGAAAGGUUCAAUUUCAAAUUAUGAUGUUGCAAACUUCAACAACAACAACAACAACAACAAAAAACACUGUGAUCUCAAAUAUGUCUGUUUUAAAAUGGAGAGGCAGAACUGAAGUUUCUUGGGCUUUUAGUUCAGCCAAAUUUUUAGCAAUUCCUGCAUAGGUUAUAAAGUUCAGUUGAUAGUUUCUUCUGACUAAACAGUUAAUUUCUAUUGCAUGAUACUUCCCCUCUGUCCACCUAGUAUUGACAAUAAUGUUUGUGUCCCAGUUGAACUAAGCAAAUGAGCCAGUCCUGUCACCUGUAGCCUCGCAAUACUCCCUGUAGCUCUUUGAAAGUAGGGUGGCUUCGGUAAUAAAAGCUGCGUAGCAAUUUUCUUUUUCUCCCUUGAAUUGAAUGCCCCUUUACAGGCAUUCAGGCAGGAAGCAGCUCUCCAAUUUCUCUGUAGAAGAGAGAAAAUGUUUGAUGAGGGAAGGUUAGUAGACUUGAUCAAGAUCCUGAUGUGAUUGUGACAGGAAUCCCACUAGGGAUUGAGUGAGGGCUGACAUUAAUGUCAUAGAAAAGCAGGGACUAGACUUAGGGACCUUCUCUUUGAGCCUUAAAGAAGGCAGCUAGAACUGGCUGGGGAAGGAGAAGUAAGCUGUAAAGAGCCCUUAUGAAAUAAUGUGGGAUCUUUCAGCGAGUUUAAAGGGUCUGUCAGGACUCCGGCCUGGCACAGUGAUAGGAGUAGGCAAGGACAGGCGAGAGGGAAUGGGAUGAUGGAGUUUAAAUGUGGAAGUAGUGAAAAUAAUUGCAAUUAGACGCUUCCAGUCUGGAGUAGAUCUCAUGAGUCUCACCAUUCCUUCUAGCAGGGAAGUAGCUAAAAUCCUCUGACAAAACAUGUCAGCCCCCAAAAGGCUGGCAGCCAGCUCCUUGGAUGCUUACUGCCUGGCUGAGUUCUUGGGUUUGUGCAAUAAGCCAGUCACAGUUCUGCUGCUAUCCUCCCAGAGAAGGGGGCUGCAUGCUAAAAUCUCUAAAAACUGCUCAAAAAUUGAGCAACGGCAAAAUUAAGAUUCUUUCUAGUUCAGUAAUUCAACAUUGUAAGGUCUGUAUCUUAGCUGAAUUAUUUUAUAGCACACUUUCUGUAGUUCAAUUUUACUGCAGAACGGUUGAGUUGAGUUUACAAACGUACUGUCCUCACAACCUUUUUUUCUUAAAUAUAUGUAGAAAAGCAGUGGGGAAAAAAAUGAACUUAAUGUGCAUGUUAUAGGUAUUAUUUUAUUUUUGACAAGUUUGAUUUAUUUUGAACACUGUCCUGAAAGUAACAGAACUGUCCGUUUAGGUAGCUGUGUAUGGUUUAAAUCUGUCAGAAUUAUAUUUUAUGUUACAGUAUUUUAAUGAGGGGGAGAAAAAGGGGGCUAGAAUUCUGAAAGCCUUUCAUCACAAUGGCAGAGUGGAAAUGGGAAUUUGAAACUUUGACCUGCUUUUAAAUGGGGCAGAACACCUUGCAUUCUGCUCAACAGACUGUAUGCUAUCAGCUCGUUGUUGUGAUAGUUUUAAAUGAGUAUUAACAUCUACCGUGGUGUUUUUUGGUACAGAAUUCCUGCUUGCUCUGUGACCAACAACUGAAAACAUGCUUAGUAUGAAGUUUCAAGAAGUGUUUGUUUUAAAAACAAAUUCUAAUAUCAAAUUAGGUGGAGUUGAUGUCUUGCUGUUUUAGUCAUUAAUGUUUGGCUUAAUUUGAGUUUUCCUCCUCCUGUUUAGAAAUUUGCAAUAAACGUUUGAAAGAUAAGUAAAAAUCUUUCCCAGUGAUCAAAGA